AUGGGAAAGUGAACAACAGUUUAGUGUUAUUAGAGAAGCCUUUGAAACUGCAGCUUUAAGUCAAAACAGAGACUUUAGUUAAGACAAGGUGGAUAUAAAUAUCAUUAGAUUAUAUGGGUAACAAAAGCCAUGUAAGAGGCCUAUUCGUUUGCUGCAAUUUUAUAUCCAUUUGCUCUAGCUCCUUUUAUUACAUUCACUCCACAUUCACACGAGUCUAUGUUCACUAUAAGACUAAUAAGCCAUAUUUCCUGAUUAGUACAUAAUUGGAACAUGCCUGCAUUAUACUUGCUAGUUUUGUGCUUCUUGUUCAUGUGAUUCACUCUCUUCCCUUUUAUCCCUGCACUCAGCAAUACGCCUUCCUCGUCAUGGAGUAUGCAGGGGGAGGCAAUCUCAGGAAUCUGUUGUCCAUCAAGCAUCAGCUGAAAAAAAGACACAUCAUCUUUUACUCAGCAGAACUGAUUUGUGGACUUCAGUAUCUCCAUUCUCUAGGCAUCAUCCAUCGUGACCUGAAGCCUGAAAACAUCCUGCUUACCUGUGAAGGACACGUAAAGAUUGCCGAUUUUGGAGUUUCAGCAGAAGGAGUGUUUGACCGCAAAAAAAUUGGUGGAGUAAUAGGAACAAAACUGGUACAUGGCCCCAGAGGUAGGAAACUGUUGAAUUUGUUUAAAACUUCUAUUCACUUCAGAGGCAAACCAUGA